AUGCGCACCUUAUCCAUUCAUCAAAUUCGGCAAGAUGGUGCUGUUCGAGAGAGUAUUCUCGGUGCUGUCUUCAGGGCGGGCUGCGCCCUGGUGCCGGCGGGCAAGGCCAAGUGCCUGGCACACGCCUCGUGGCACCUUGCCAUCGCACACGGCCCUCCUCACUGCUGGCCCCCUGCUUCAAGGUCAGAACACACACAGACAGCCGGACGGACACCGUACACGAGUGUAUUCGUCAUCUGUUGUGUGCGCAGUAGCGGUGCGCCACAUGCCUGUGCCGGUCACGAAGGCAAGUCAGCACAGACAGACACACAUGAGAAUCUCGAUGUACGUCUUUAUGUGUCGCACUCAUUCAGGUGGUCUGCGGCGACAGCCAUCCCGCUGCGGUUGGGUGCAGGGUUGGUGAUGAGGCUGCCGGGGGGUCAAGAGUCAGAUGGUAUUCGCACAAGGAAGGACACGGCCAGCGGGCGAUGGGACGAGGAGCCUGAGCCGGAUGCCAAGAUACCCAAGGAGCGGCCCCCAUUCAGCAAAAGACUGGAUGUUCCGGUAGGCUGAAUGAAUGAGUGGAUGGAUGCAUUACCUAUCUCGUGUGUGCAUGUUAUGCAGGAGGAUAAGGACACCAAGGACCCGAUCCCUCUCACCAAGAGGGUCCACCCGGACCGAGGUGUCUAUGAGGCGAUUGAGGUUGACAAACAGGAGCCGAGGGUCAUCAAGAUGCUCAGAGCCACUGAGAAGAGGGCCUCGGGAACCAAGCAGCGGCCUGGCACGGUAAGCCAUUCCUUCGCCGUUCAUUGAGCAUCGGACGGAUGUGUUCUCUGUGUGUGCAUCUUGUGUGUGUGUGUCUGUGUGUGUGUGUGUGUGUGUGUGUGACAGCCGGACAACGAGAUCCAUGUGCUGAAUCUGCUGAAACACGAGCGGCGCUUCUUCAUAACAGCUGAAGAGACCAAAGUGGACAAGCAUUGGUCACUCAUCGUCAUGAAGCGGGCAUUGAUGGACAUGUCGGACUGGCGCUGGUAAGGCAGAUCCAUGCACGAUGGAUGCUUAACAUGGCGUACGUCAUCCAUUGUGCAUGCAGCCGUUUCCGGGGUUCUGUGGUGCUGGCCUGUGUCGUUGGCUACGUGGUGUUCUGCCUGCUGCAGUCGCUGGAAAAGCUGGCCCUCAAGUGA